AUGAGAAAGAUAUUAUCCUCAGCAAUUGCAAUAAGUCUUAGACGUACUCCAUUAGUAGUUCCAAAACGUACAUAACGUUUAGCAGCUACUUUGGUCUCUCUUCCACUAAUAAGAUAUGGUUUUUAAGUAUUAUAUGCAAAAUAAACUAGACUCUAAAUCUUAAUGAUGCAUAUGAAGUUUCAAUAGAAGAUAAUCUCAAUGAAGGUGAAAUGAGAGAAGUAUAAGUUGGUCCAAAAAAAGAAGAUGCUGUUUUAGUAUGCAAAGUUGAUGGACAGAUUUAUUGUGUUUCUAAUUCAUGUCCACAUGUAGGAGCUCCACUUUCUGCUGGUUUCUUAGUUGGUGAUAAAGUCAAAUGUCCAUUUCAUAAUGCCAGUUUUUCAGUUAAAGAUGGUGUUCAUGAAGAAGGACCAAUGUUUAGAGGAUUAUAAACAUUCCCUGUCAAAUAAGAAAAUGGAUAAUUAGUUAUAAGAGUAGAAAAAUAAUUAUUAAAUGCUCCAAGAACAUUAAAUAUGGUAACAAAAGGUGAUGAUCCAACACAUGUAGUGAUUGUUGGUGGAGGGUAUAAUUAUUGANGAAUGAUUAAUAAAAAAAAUACUUUGAACAUAGAGAUUCUAUAACAUGUAUGACAUUACUUGGAGAUUAAUAUGUCGCAUCUGGUGGAAAGGAUAGAAACAUUAAAGUAUAUAAAUAGACAUACACAAAUAAUGUAUUUGAAAAAUUAUAAUUGUCUAUGAGUUUGUCUGAUGCUCAUCCAACAGAGGUUACUAGUUUAGCUUAUGGUGGAGGAAACAUUCUUUAUAGUAGUAGUGCUUCAGGUGAACUUAAGGUUUGGGAUUUUAUGGAUGGAACAUUAAUAAAACAAGUUAAAAAUUAUGCUGGGUGGUGUUUCAGAAUAAUCAACUUUUAAAUAGAAGAGGAAUAGACUCCAUAAUAGAAAACAUAACUCUAAACAUCAAUUCCAUUAUGUGGAUCACCAAGAAGAAAAAAGUAAACAUAAAAUGAAUAUGAAUGCAUUAAAAACUGCUUCAUUGGAACUGUUAGUUUUGAUGGCACUUUCAAAGUAUUCAAUGGCAAAACUCUAUUGAAUGAUAAGUAUUUAAUUAUAAUUAAGUAAUUAGUCCAUAACCUAUGAUCACAACCCAACUGAAAUCUUUACAUGAUUGUCAUCCAUUUGGAGGAGUAUUGGCUAUUAGAGAUAGUAUCACUGAUAAGAUUGAUAUAUUGAGUAGUGGAAAUAAGAACGAUUGCAAUAUCUAGUUGUAUAGUUUAGCAUAAUCAUGA